AUGUCUAACUUUCGGGCGGGCGUCUCUUCUCUGCUAGCGCUCACUCUCACCGUAACCCAAACAUUCGAGCCCUCAGUCAUCAAGAACAAAGUCAAAAGGGAGGAAGUCGCGCGGAAACAGAAGAAGCAGAAGCGGCAGGACAAGCUGCAGCGGCGGCUCGCCCUAGCGAAAGUAGAGGCGGCCGAUCCGGUAGCAAAGAAAAAACGGAAAGAACAAAAUGUCCCGCGAACCCUCGACAACACUCGCGUAUUCGACCCCUCCUUCCUCACCGCCCAACCCGUAGCCUCCUCCUCCGCUCCGGAGGACGAGCCCGAGGCCUCUUCAUCCUCUACGCCCGCCGAGCACGGAGAGGCUCACCCACCCGAACAGCAGCCCACAGACGAGUCCGCGGCUGACCUCGCCAACGACCCCUUCGCAUCCUACUUUUCCGGGGACAUCGACCCCAGCGUACCUCCGAAGGUCCUCAUCACAACUUCGCCGAGAGUUACACGGGUGACGUAUGACUUCUGCGACGAGCUGGUCAAUAUACUACCGGGUGCGGAGUUCGUCAGGCGGAAGAAGGGGAAGGGCUUCGAGAUGGGCAGGAUAGCGGGGUGGGCGGCAGGGCGGGGAUACAGCCAUAUGCUAGUGGUGAAUGAGGACACGAAAAAGCCUAACGCCAUCACGAUCAUCUACCUCCCAGGCGGCCCUACAGCAUACUUCAAGCUAACGUCGAUCGAACUUCCCAAGAAAAUCCGCUCUCUCCAGGGACACGCUCGACCUACAGACCACUUCCCCGAACUUGUGCUCAACGGCUUCGUGACACGCCUCGGACACACGGUCGGACGGCUGUUCCAGACCCUGUUCCCUCCAAUGCCUGAGUUCCAGGGUCGGCAGGUGGUCACUUUGCACAACCAGCGUGACUUCCUGUUCUUCAGACGGCACCGAUAUGCGUUUCGCUCUACGGAGAAGGUCGCCCUUCAGGAGAUCGGGCCGCGAUUCACGCUCAAGCUGCGCUCGCUCAAGAAGGGGCUGCCCGCUGUCAUGAACAACGGCGAUCCGAAGAAGCCGCUCGAGUUUGACGACUUUGGGGAGUCUCCGGAUAGCGAACAGGCUGCUGCAGGCGACAUGGAGACGGACCCGGUGCCCGAACAUCCCGAGGAUGACCAGGAGCAGACUGUUCACUCACAAAAGCAAGAUCCGAACACGACGGACGAGUUCCUUUGGAUGUGGAAGCCGGAACUGGAGACGACGCGGCGGACGUUCUUCCUGUGAAUACGUUCCUGUGCGAGUCGCCCGAGGAAGCGAAGACCGUGCCUGGCUCCUUCUCUGUGCUUGCUACAUGACAGUCGAUGUGUCGAUCUUGUCCACGGGCAAUUAAGAAUUUUGUCUUGGCGAUCGCCGCGCCUCUGUACGUGGGAUGGCCACACCGAUAUGCUUUUAAGCUUUCCGACGUCGGCCAGCGGUGCUAAGUGUCGCUGCUUCGGGCUAUGUACCAAGCUAAGGAGCUUCAUUUGUGCGGUGCGGAACGAUACUAUUGCCGCCACUGAUUUUUUUUGUCAGUGGGUGGAAUUUGUGGGUAUGACAAAGGGCCGAAAGGAGACCGGUGACGGUGGUGGCUGGAAUGGGCGUCUAUGGGCGGCCGAGGGCGUUGAGGUCGAUCAGCCGAGGGCAAGUGUGAGACGGACCUCCUCUCUCACACCGCACAGCAGAGGAUGCACACCGAGCGCGAAAGGC